UGGUCAUCCUAUCUGCUUUCUGCCUCCCUCUCCCUCCCCAUCUCCAACUGGAGGAGGAAUGGACUAUUUCUCUAGCAUCUCCUGAAAUAGUCGGAACAGGCUAACAGAGCGAAGAUGAUCAAACCUCUGGUCCAGGCGGAGGAGCCCUCUGCGUCUCCCCCGAGCAAGAAAGACGUGGAGCUCUUGCUGGUGAAGGAGCAGAACGGGGUGCAAUACACCAGCAGCCACCUCCUGGAGCACGCCGGCCCCGGGUACAGCUCCGCCGGCGCCCCGCUGCAGGAGCGUGAGACGUGGGGCAAAAAGAUCGACUUUCUGCUCUCCGUGGUGGGCUUCUCGGUGGAUCUGGCCAACGUCUGGCGGUUCCCUUACCUCUGCUACAAAAACGGAGGAGGUGCCUUCCUCAUCCCUUACUGCCUCUUCCUCAUCAUUGCAGGAAUGCCUUUGUUUUAUAUGGAACUUGCUCUGGGCCAAUAUAAUAGAGAAGGGGCUGCUACAGUAUGGAAAAUAUGCCCAUUGUUUAAAGCCACCCUCUGA